CAUUAACCUUGAAGAGUAUACGGAUUAUUUAAUAAGCUACCCGACAGGCGUUUGCACGUAGAAUUCAUUCAGCUAUAUGAAAGCGUAAGAUACAAUCACAUAAAUAUACAAAUGUUUUGGUUACGAACGUAAAUAAUUAGUUUCAUUGUCACAGUGUCCAUGUACAGUUGGGUUUUAUUUUUAAGAAGGGUUGACAUAUUCCUACUGGUAGUUUUUGCCUUUGUUUUGUUAUUAUUGUUGUCAAGAAUAUAGUAGUUAUUUCACGGAUCAGUUACGUGUAACGUAUCAUCAUGAAUGUACGCCGUCGUAUGGUAACAGUUUUCAUUGUGUACGCUUCAUGACAGCCAUUUAACACAAGGCCAACCGGAGUCUAUAUCCGAACAAUCCAAGUAUUAUAUAUCCCUAUCUAUAGGAGUUUUAGCACUGAACAACAUUGGUCGGCAAACGUGUUCCAUACAAUGCAGUGCCCGUCCUGCCAGUGAGAUGUAUGCGAACGCAUGUAAAUGGAUGAAUUGACAAGGUGCAAACCACAAUGUGUCUUUAUUACCCUGGACUUUGAUGGCAUACACCUUUAAGUUAAUGCUCAGCCAGAGUGAUUGUGAGGACCCUUUGCCUUUGGUAAACACUCUCCGUUAAAGGAAACGCGCCCACCGCCCGAUAACUAAGGUUGCUUAUCUUCGACGUUGCGAGGGACGCGACAGUAUCCAAGGGCGCACCACGGGAAGAAUGUGAUCAUAUUGACCGAAUAGGAAUGAAUAAUGAAAAGUUUUAACUCAGUGAGCGUUCCGCUCUAUGAAAACAACUAUCGAGGCAGUUAGUGCACAGGAGUCCUUCCUACUGUUGUUUUUUUAGCUUGUGGAUAUUGCUCUUUUACAGUUUCCAACUGGAUUCAAUUUGUAUUUUGCAGGUAAGUAGUCCUUGUGAUUUAAUGCCUGCAUUCUAUCACGGUGGCAGGUAUAUUUUCUGGAUUGUAUUUCGCAGACGGUUUUCUGACCUCGGGCUGCACUGGCGUCCGUUCCCGGAACAGGAAGUUUGCUCUCAGUAACUUGACUUUACCUCCAUCUUUGAUGCCAGCCAUAAGCUGCCCCGGAUCGUCCACGGCCAAUGUAGUGAGUAGGUCCAGCUGCCAUCAUGGGUUGUGGAUCUUCUAAGGAUGGAACAGCUGACAGUCCAAAAAAGGCGGCUAGUACAAGGAAGAGUAACGCUAAAGCUGAACAGGUGGAGGUCGACGUUAGUAACAGCAACACAAACUCCCCACAACGGCAGAGAGCGACGCCGUCACCGACUAAUUCCUCUCCACGGAAGUCUCCCCACUAUGACGAUUCAUAUGCUGGUACACAGAGUCCUCAUCCCGAGUCUCCCAAACACGAGGAUGUGAAGGGCAAGGGUGGGAAGUCGAAGUACGAGGACAAAGAUGAAGGGUCUUUUCAGGAAGCCAAUGACAAGGGUUACAAGAGGAGAGUCCGUGAGAGACUGAAGACAUCGACAGGAGGUUCUGACAUGGAGGAUCUGGAGAAGAUGAUAGCUUUAUUUGAGAGAUCAAGGCUUGAGGACUGCGGGGAUCUGACUCGUGCCAAGGAGAGGCUCAGAUAUCUCAAACUGAAGAGAGAUUUACGCGACUCAAUGAGACGUCGUCACGUUGGCGUGUUGAACCGGACGAUAGCCGACGUACAGGCGUCUCCAUAUGCCUACCAGCUCCGGAAUCAGCUGGAGAAAGCUGAAAAACUUCGCGACCAUCUGAAGGAGCUGAACACCUACAACCAUGACAUCCUCCAGAUGGAACAGACAACCAUAUCAGAGUUACGCAGCUAUCAGCGACCUCCCACCUGUGUCCAUGACGUCAUGGCGGCUACAUACAUGCUGUUAGGCCACAAUGAGGAUCGACUGACGGAAUGGGCCGACAUACAGUGCCAAAUGGGCAAGCUGGGUAGAGACGGUCUGGUGAAACAGGUGGAGACAUUUGACACCAACGACGUCGACGACCAGACAGCCAGCAGAGUGCAGGAAAUCCUCGGAUACCAUGAUCUCGACCAAGUGCGGGCAGCAAGUAAUGGUGCGGCCAGUUUCCACGUCUGGUCAAGCCAAAUGGUGGAGAAGAUAGACAAGGACAAGCAGAGUGAGGAUGACACGAGGAGGCAGGAGGAAGAGAAACAGUCCGUAGCAAGCAGUAAAGGAAGAAAGAAGAAAGGAUAGUGAAUGAAGACAUGUUUAGUGCACAGCUUCCAUAUCCGCCAAAGAUUUUUCUUUCCAGUCAGGCCACCUGGGUCAGACUUAUACCUUCUACCUGUGUUCCUGAAUCAAAAUCCUAAAAACGGGGUCAUCAUUACUAUGGAUGGAAUAACGUCACAACACAAACAACACUGCAAUAACCAGUUGUUUGGCAAACGCAGGCAAUUGUGUGCUUCUGCAUCUUUUGAAGUAAGUAACCAAUGACGGACACGAUACAUAAUUAAGUUAUCCCCUGUUUCGAUAAAUGCAUGCAAACGUUCUAAGAAUGCGUUGUUGGACUAAUAUUAGUUAAAUAUAUGCAAAUACAUUAGGUUAACAUGGCAUUCCAGAUUUCUUUUACAAUAUUCGUCAAACUGGACCCCCAGAUCCAAUGUGGCUGGACGAGAUGCUUCGGAUGUAUUUCCAAGCUAAUUGGUUUUCUGAAAAGGAAAGGAUUUUAUAUUUUCAGUACCGCAAACAUAAAGUCAGUGCACAUGAUUCUAAUUGAUAACAUUGCACGAAGAUAAAUUUAAGUAGAUGUAAAGCAUUCUUAUGACAGUGCUACAUGAAUUAUCUCCCCUACUCUAAUAUGAACCAUAUUUGAAGCGUACACAUAAUAACUGUUAGAGUAUAAAUUGGGUGUACUGCCCUCAACAAACUGGCAUACGUGUACGCACGAUUAUAAGCCUAUCAUUCAGUUUAGGAACUGAAAUGUCAUAGUUUAGAAAUAUUUGGAUCGUCAUACCACUAUUCCCCCAACUUUGGAUGUCGAGGAAUUUCUAUAUUGUCUAUUUAUUGUACAGUGUGUGUUUUAUAUUUCAAUACAUCUGUGAUAUUGUAUACCACUCAAAAUAAGAUAGAACAGCCGAUUCUUUGACAUUACUAUAGUUCAACUGGCAUGGCAUAAUAUAUUACAGUUAGUAGUAUGAAAGAAUCGGGUGUUUCUUACCGUUCUUUGAGUUGUGUAUAUCGGUCUUUCCAUGUUAUAUGGCCAUGAAGCACAUGUACCACGUGGGUUGUAGACAUUCACAAUACACAGGGCUGGACCUGCGAUCCUGCUACACGGGUAUAACCUGCUGUCGUGUCUCUGUGUAUAAAGCAACAAGUGCUGAUAUUUAUUUUUCUGCUGUUGUAGAUAUCGUUGAAUAAAGGUUGUAUAUAUUUACGGC